AUGGCAUGCUUCAUUCGUCAUAUGGCCGUCAUCUGCCUGAACAAUGCAGCGAUCGUCAAUGUGUUCCUGCCCAUUCUUAUGGACAAGGCAGUUGCCCUUCGCCCAGAGGUCAUGUCGGGUAUCUUUGUCCAAUUAAAGCUUCGAGGACAGGCGGGCACACCGUCUGCGUAUGCCAUCAAUGAGAACGAGAUCAAGUUCUUCUCGAGGAACACUACCAGCACGGGAGGGCAGACGCCCCGCCCGUAUAUCACCUUGAUUAUGGAGCUAGGAGUUGCCAAUCCUCCUUCACUAUUGGCACAGACCCCCACUGAUUAUCAUUCAGAUCAUUCAAAGUCGAGCACGGCGCUUCGAAAGCGGCGCGACAUGAUGGAGCAGUCCGGAAAUCCUCCGCCCAUUCCGGGGUCUCCUUCCAAGGUGGUCAUCCCUGCGCCUCCAUCGCGAGGCCACAAGAACGUCGUGCACCCGCGGUAUAGCUUGUACAUCUAUGGAUGCUCGCCCUCGGUGUACAAGGUAAUCGCGGAAGCCGAGCGUCCGCUGUACAAGCGGCUCAUCCGCAGCGGAGAUCUGCUCGGAGAGCACCCGCGGCAGCACCGUACGGCUCUCGAUUUAGUUCGGAAUCAAAAGCCCUUCUUUAGGGCCUUCUGGCACUGGGUGCUCAGUCAAAAAUUGAACGUGGACAAGCAGGCCGGGGACGGGGAUGGGGAGAUAAUCCUUGGUUAUAGACUCAAAGUUACCGCUGACGACGAGGAAGCGAACGAUGAAAUUCCUUUCUGA